AUGUCUCAAGUCACAAAUACUACCACCGGUAUCAUUAGUACUAAUAACGGUAAUACACCAUGGAAUAGGACACCCGGUAAACCUGGUGUUGGUUCCGGUAAUACUGCUGGCACCCAUUCUGCGUUCUCCUCUGCACCUUCAGCUGUUCCAUGGUCUACAACAAAUAGAGGUGAUAUCGAUUUGAUACAAAAACGUGAUCAAAUCGAAGAUUCUAUUGAUAAAAAGACUCAAUCGAUUCGUUCUUUAGUAUCCUAUGCUAAUUCAAAGAAUUCGGAUAAUUCUUCUACUGCUAAUACUGCUGCCGUUGUUGCUAAUACUACUGCUACAGGUCAAAUGUGGCCGCCUCCAGUCUUUGAUUCACCCAGACUUACAGAUCGUAAUGUUGGCGGCUUUUUAUCUCAGGAAUCCACAUCAUCAACCGAUAACCAGUGGGCAACUACCACACCUUUUUCAGGUCAAACAGCUUCGGCUGCUGCUGCUAUUGGUGCUGCUGGAAAUACCAAUUCACUGUUAGGUUCACCUAAUUCAUUUCCUAAUAUUCUAAAUCAUACACAAACUGUUAAUAAUCCUAACCCAUGGUCUUUCGAUAAUUCAAAUAAUUGUCCUACUGCGCCAAGAGCAAUUACUGGUCAACAAUUGAAUGUAACCCUGGCAACUACACCACCACCACUACCACCAUCGGAAACUACAAGUUCAGAGCAUCAUACUCGUCGAUAUAUGAAUUGGACAUUGGGAAGUGAUCAAGAUUUACUGAAUGAUGAUCGAUCUGGAUUAGCUUUCCCAUUAUCCAAUAUAAAUAUCAAUAGUAAUAAUAAUAACAAUAACAAUAAUAAUAAUAAUUCUAUUAGUGGAUUCGGUAAUCAAUCUGACUUUAUUGAAAAUCAAUCAGCCUUCUCUUCAACUAUAAAUGCCGCCAGUAUUCGAAAUAGUAGUAAUAAUAAACUCUCCGAAUUUGAUGUAGGCCAGAGUAAUAAUAUUUCAAAAAAAUCCAACUCUGAUAUUGACACAUCAACUUGUGAUACUGAAGAGGCGAUUCGUACAGCUGUCAAUACAACAGAACCAUGGGGAAUUCAUCCAGUUGACCAGAGCACACCAUGGAAUUGUUCUGAAGCAAAUGGUGAUUGCUUACCAAUGCAUUCCUCGUCUGCGCUGAUUACAGGAACUUCGGCUAAUAAUGACUUGUCUACUACUACUAGCGUGCCACGAGUUACUGGUUUAAGCCAGUCGUCGAGUGGAGGAGUAUCAAAUAUUCCACCUCCCGGUACUACUACAACUAUUACUGCUGCUGCUGCUGCUGCUAUUGCUACACAGUCAUCUUUACAUUCCAGACGUCUUAGUUCAGCUAAUUCAUCAUCAGUAGUAGUAAGCAGAGAUUUAGAGUCAAAUAUCUGGCCAAGUGAACCACCGAAUGGUACAGGGAUUUGGGAAUCGCAUUAUGAAAGUCUUGGAGAAAGAACUGCUCGUUGGCAUCAAAGCACCAAUUCUGGACUACAACCACAUCCACCAACACCACUACAACCACCAACAUCUCAGGCUUCAUUUGCAUCACAUUCACUAAAUCCAGCUAACUUUGUUUCCAGUCAAAUGUCACAUCCUUCGCAUCGAUCUCGACCACAACAAGGCCAAAUUCCAUCAAAUACAGAAAGUUUUCGUGGCAUAAAUCGUGGUCCAGUUGUCCCAGGGACUCUAUUUCCUAUAGGGCAACCACCACCACCAACUCCGAAUGUCAUGAAUUUAGGGACAAGACCAUUGUUUAGUGGGAAUCAUUCCCUUGGACAGAUAAAUAGUAAUGCUGUUGGUGGAAAUACUGGUCCAUCUAGAGGCUUUCCAGUAGCUGCUCCGGUGAAUCUUGGACCUGGAGUUACUUGGCCUUAUUCUCCUGCAACUCAUCAAGGUGAUCCUGCUGUCCCAGGUAUUAAUUUCGGUAAUAAGUCUCGGUGGCCUGGUCCAAAUAUGAAUCGUCUACCUGUUGGUGGUAAACAGCAGCAACAACAUCCACCCACUCAUAUCUUGCCUAACAUGACUUCUACUGGCUUACGAUGGCCUCCUCCUGGGGGAACAACUCCACAAAUGCAAGGUGUAUGGUCGUUAACAGAUCAAAGACGUCCAGGUACAGUUCAAGGACCACAGUGGUCAUCAGCUAAUACCUCAGGAAUGGAUAAUAAUCCUUCUAGUGGAUAUUUCAAUCAACCUAAUCAAAGCCUACCACCUCGUAUUUCUCAACAGAUUAGUGCUCCAGAAUUUCCUACAUCAUUGGCAGCAGCAGCAGCAGCUUCUAGUCGUGGUGUAAAUCAAGCGUUUAGAACUCCACAGAGUGCCUUUUAUCCAGCCAUGACUCCCGGUUUUACUUCUUCCUCUUCUUCUUCAAUGUCUCAACGUAUGUUUAUGAGUCCUCAACAACAUUCACAACAAUUACAACAGCAGAGUGUAAUUCGUGCUCAUGUAAUGCGUCAAUUGUUUAGUCUUGGUUUUUCAGAGGAUGAAAUUCAACCGAUAUUCGCUGAUACCAGCACUAGUGUGGAAAGAGCUUUAAUUGAUCUACGCGACCGAUCAGGUCAUCCUGGAAUUGAUGAACUGAUCAAUUCAUUGAAACCAAUUACAGCUAGCCUGUUAACUUCACUGAAUCCAGAUGACGGUAGUUUAUCAUUUCUUGGACAAAAUUCAACCUCAUCGAAUCGAGUAAUGAUGAAUAUGCGGGGAAAUGAUUUAUCGAAAUCCACCUUACCAAUGCAUAGUCAACCUGCGGAAAAUCUUGAAUUAUCUUUACACUUACUUCAACAACGUGAAUCACAGAUUUUACAAACAAUUGUUCAACUACAAUCGAAACAUCAAGAAUUAAAUCAAAAACUCUCUCAUAUACGAUCAGCUAAUGUUCCAUUUGCAACGAAUCCAGUUAUCCAAGAACUUCAACUGCAAACAUUUCAAGUUGCUCAACAAAUUGAUGCUCAACAAGCACAACUUAAACAUGUGCGUAGUCAAGCUGCUAUGCUAAAACAAAUUAAUCUACCAACGAAUUUAUUAUCAUCAGCCUCCUCCUCAGCAUCAUCAUCAUCAUCUAAUAAUCCAUUGUCAUCACACGGUGGUGGUGGUGGUGGUAUGACUAGUACUACAACGACACCAUUGCUGCCAUCACCUUUAUCAAUGUCUGGUAUACCCGGUCAAUCGUCGUCUUCAAGUCUACACGGCAUAUCCCCGUUAUCAUUGAAUUCAACUGGCAAUUGUAAUUCAUUGAAUCUGCUGACUACUAGUAAUAAUAAUAAUAAUAAUAAUACUAAUUCAUCAUGGUCAUUACAAAGUGGUUCAAAUCUGGGCGUGAAAUCUAAUUAUCAAUUAUUGAAUAAUAGCGGUAAUAACAACAACAAUAAUAAUAAUAACAUAACUAGUGGAAUUACUGAUAAUCAUCCUGAUUUUAGCCAAGAUCAGCCGAAUUUCAAUAUGAUGAAUUCACUCUUGUGGGAAUCUAGCCCAUGGUCAGGAUCAUCCAGUCAACAACAACAACAACAUCUUAGUGAAAGCUUUUCCACUACUAAUCGAAAUCAUCUGUCGAAUGAUAGACGUUGGCCACUACCCCCAGGUGCUGGUAGUGGUGUUACCGGUAACGGCAAUAAUUCCUCCAUAUCAUCAUCAUCAUCUGUGAAUCGAUCACCAUUCAUAUCUUCACAACUUGCAUCACUUGGUGAUCCUAGAUGGAGUGAUAUUACUAAUGAUAUGAGUAGUAAUUCAACAGGUAAUAAUGAUACAAGACAACAAUCUCUUGUUAGCGGUGAAUUGGAUGAACCACUACGCAGUUAUGGCGGCGGCGGCGGUAUAGACUAUCCAUUAAUUCCAAUAUCUAUUUCAUCAAAAUCCUGGUUACUAGCGCAUAACAUUCCUCCGCAUGUAUCUGUUGGUAUGCUAAAAGCAACAGUGUCAACUGCAUUGAGUAAUCACUUGAUGAAAUCAUUAGAAUCACAUGACAAAUCAUCCGGUGAUAAUAGUAGAAAUAAUAAUAAUACUGAACCUGAAUUUGAAAUUCAUCCAAAUAUGUCAGCUAGAUGGAUAUUAUUAGGCUUAUGUAAUUCACUGCAAGCUUCAAUUGUUCAUAAAAGUUUAGAAAAUGCAAAUAAUAAUCAAUUAAAUGGUUAUUAUGGUGCAGUGAAAUUGAUUACACCAGCUGAAGCACUUCUCCACUUACAAGAUAUUCAAUCUCUAGCUUCACGAUUGAAAGGUUUGAGUACGGAUAACUGUCUCUCAUCGGUAUCAUCCAAUCUUCAUUGCAUCAAUCAAUCGUCAAGUAUAUUGACAGGAUGUGAUUUCAAUAAUAAUAAUAAUGAUAUUUCUGGAUCAAAUUAUUCAAUGAUCGGAUCAAAUACUGCAAAUAACAACAAUAAUACUUCAGAUAUCUAA